UUAGCAUACUCCAACCUCUCCUCCUCCUCUCAAACCUUCAAGCAUUCAUCAAUGGCGGCUUCCCUUCUCCUACUCUUACUUUUCUUUACCUUUCAAUGCCAAAUUCGAGUUCUCUUCUCCCAAACUAUACCAAAUCAAGAUGAUAGUUACAUGAAGUUUGUACAAAAAGCCAAUACGUUACCAACAAGAGAAGAAUACGACUACAUAAUAAUAGGGGGAGGAACCGCCGGUUGCCCCUUAGCUGCAACAUUAUCAUCAAACUUCUCCGUCCUUGUUCUUGAAAGAGGAAGUGACCCCAAUGCCUUCCCCUCCGUCCUAUCCCAACAAGGCCUUGCCAACACUCUCACCGACAACGACGACGGCCUUAACCCGUUUCAGAGAUUUGUCUCGGAAGAUGGCGUCGAGAACAUUAGAGGCCGAGUCCUCGGCGGUGGUAGCAUGAUCAACGUCGGGUUCUACUCGAGAGCUCAGCCGGAGUUCUUCAAAAGCUCUGGUAUCCAAUGGGACAUGACGGCGGUGGAGAAGGCAUACCAAUGGAUCGAAGAGACGGUCGUGUCUCGACCCGAGUUGAGCCCUUGGCAGUCGGCGUUCCGAGAAGUGCUUUUGGAAGCUGGGGUUGGCCCUGAUAAUGGAUAUGAUUUGAAACAUGGUGUUGGGACAAGAACUGGAGGUUCUAUUUUUGAUUCUAGAGGUAGAAGACAUGGAGCUGUGGAACUUCUCAACAAGGCUGAUCCUAGGAAUCUCCGAGUUGCAACCCAAGCCACGGUCAAGAGAAUCAUCUUCUCUCAAUCUAAUGGUUUAUCUGCAAGUGGAGUCUUAUAUUCCGAUUUCAAAGGCAAACUCCACAAAGCAACCAUUUCCAAAAAUGGAGAAAUCAUACUCACCGCCGGCGCUAUUGGGAGCCCACAUCUUCUCCUCCAAAGUGGGGUUGGCCCAAAAUCUCAUCUUUCAUCCUUAAAACUACCAGUCGUCCUCCAUAACCGACAUGUCGGCCAAUCCAUGGCCGAUAACCCUCGCUUUGGAGCCGCCAUCGUUCUCCCAUUUCUCACCCCACCGACGUCCGUACAAGUCGUCGGAACUUUAAAACGCAACAUCCACAUCGAAUCCCUCUCAAGUAUAUUACCCUUUUCAAUCUUCCCACCAUUUGGCCUUCUUCCUCCUCGUUCCACCGCCGUGAAUCUCAGCCUAGCCGUCUUCGCCGGUAAAUUCUCCACCGUGUCCUCCGUCGGCAGCCUCCGUCUCGACGGGAGAAAAAACCCAAUUGUACGAUUUAACUACUUAUCACAUCCGGAUGAUGUUGAACGGUGCGUUGAAGGGGUUAGAAAAGUUGGGGAUUUGGUGAAUACCAAAAGUAUGGAGAGGAUUAAAACAGGGGAUUUGGAGGGUAAAAAGGGGUUUAAGUUUUUGGGUUCUCCGUUGCCAGAAAACAUGUCGGAUUAUAAAUUGGUCGGAGAUUUCUGUCGGAAAACGGUGACGACGUUUUGGCAUUACCAUGGAGGAUGUUUGGUCGGAAAAGUGGUGGACGAUAAUUACAGAGUGAUCGGAAUUAAGAAGCUUCGUGUUGUUGAUGGUUCGACUUUUUCUCUGUCGCCGGGAACCAAUCCGAUGGCCACCGUGAUGAUGUUGGGCAGGUAUGUUGGCCUCAAGAUGUUGCAACAGAGAUUGGGUUAGGGUGGAUGAAUUUUUUUUGUAAUUCGUUGAAUAAUAAGUUAACCGUUCGUGAAAUUGUAAUUGAUACUUUAUUGAUUGAGCUAUGUUCAA